GUAGCUCGCCAUCACUGCUACAAAAACCCGUAUAACCUUCAACACUGGCUCCCAUGCGUGAAAACAUAUUCGUUAAUUAUUAUUAAGAUCGCUUCAAAGAUGUCAUUUUUACGCACUGCCGCUGGUCUCCUGGAUCGUGUCAAGCUCUUAAAAGGCACUGUGCAAACAAGGCGCCACAUCAAGCGAUGGGUUUCGCCAACGUUACGUGAACUUGCCCACCGGCAGAAGAAGCUAGGACCACAAAAACCAGAGCGGCGAGCAGGGUUCGUAGAGUGGAACCAGCGCUCAGAGCUCUUUGCCUUCAGCAAGCGUUUGGGCGAAUCCUUUGACGUAUCGCAGUUGCAGCGUGCCUUUACAGAGAAAUCGUUUGCUCAGCGGGAGGAGGAUCGUCGUCGUCAGCUAGGCAUUGAAGAGUCUGACCUCCAGAUGCCUCACAAUAGCGAUUUGGUCGAGAAGGGCCAGCACAUUGUCCGUGCCUACGUCGAGGCCUUCCUGCAGCACCAGCUACCGAAGGUCCCUAAUGACGGACUCCAGGCGAUCGCCAGUUUUCUACUAAGCACCGAAACUCUUGCUCACGUCUCCUCUCACCUGGGCACUAAGGAUCUAAUUCAGUCCACGGUAUACCCACCCUCGGCCGAAAGUCUGGCCAAAUCUUUACAUGCAGUUAUUGGCGCCCUGGCGAGUUCCAGUGGAAUUGAGAAGGCUUUUCUUUUUGUACGCGAUUUUAUCUGCACGCAGCUGAAUCAAAGGGACCUUUUGGAGGUGUGGACUCCCCAGGAACCAAUCCAGCUGCUGGAAAACAUCUGUCAGGAGCAAAAACUGGGCGAAGCGGAGCCCCGCCUGCUUGCAGACUGCGGAAAGAACACGGUUCUAGCCGCCUACCAAGUAGGCAUCUACGCCAAUCGCCAGCUGCUAGGAAAGGGAUUCGGCGAGGAUCUAAAAACAGCCACAGAGACUGCGGCAAUCGACGCUCUGCUGAGCUUCUUUGACACCCGCGACAACCGAAGACCCUUUGACUUUUCAAUUGACCUAAAACCGAACAACGUGCGACUUGGCUGAGAAACGAACUGGGUUCUGCGUCCUUGUUGAAUAUUGUAAUUUGCACUAAACACAUGUACGCAUGCAUUGUCAGAAAAA